AUGAGAGUUCCAGCUCCCCAUCGUCUUCAAGUUUUUCAGCCCAAUAUCAAAAGCCAGGAUCAAAACCGUUCCUCCAAACCUGCUGAUAUUGGUUGCAAGGAUCAGCCGAAGACAUCUGAUGACAGUACUUCUAGCAGCUCACCCGUUUCAUCUGACGACAAGAAGCCCGCUUCAACCAAAUCCAAACCAAGCAGCAAGCAUUCAUCCGGUGAUGAUACCAGCUCCUCUAAACCUGCUGACAUUGGUCGCAAGGAUCAGCCGAAGACAUCUGACAACAGUACUUCUAUUAGCUCAUCCAGUUUAUCUGACGACAAGAAGCCCACUUCAACCAAAUCCAAACCAAGCAGCAACCAUUCUUGUGGUAAGCCGGAUUCGGUUGAAGAUAAGAGUUCCAGCUCCUCAUCGUCUUCAAGUGUGUCAGCCCAAGAUCAAAAGCCAGGAUCAAAAUCGGUAAGCCGAAGUCCAGGUAGCUCGAAAAAGUUUGAAUCCGAUAAGGAAGUCACUCUUGAUUUGUCGUUGUCAAAGAAACCUGAAUCGGAUUCCAAGGAAGAUGAUUCAUCUUCAGAACGAGAUAUAAAAGAAGAAGAAGUGAAAGUUGACAGAUCUCGACCACCUUCAAGAUCUAAGUCAGAUGAUAUCAGCUCCUCCAAACCUGCUGACAUUGGUCGCAAUGAUCAGCCGAAGACAUCUGACGACAGUACUUCUAGCAGCUCACCAAGUUCAGCUGACGACAAGAAGCCUGCAUCAACCAAACCUAAACCCAGCAGCAAGCAUUCUUCUAGUGAUGAUACCAGCUCCUCGAAGCCUGCUGACAUUGGUCACAAGAAUCAGCCAAAGACAUCUGAUGACAGUACUUCUAGCAGCUCACCAAGUUCAUCUGACGACAAGAAGCCGGCAACAACCAAAUCUAAACCAAGCAGCAACCAUUCUUUUAGUGAUGAUACCAGCUCCUCUAACCCUGCUGACAUUGGUCGCAAGGAUCAGCCGAAGACAUCUAACGACAGUACUUCUAACAGUUCACCCAGUUCAUCUGACGACAAGAAGCCCGCGUCAACUAAAUCAAAACCAAGCAGCAACCAUUCUUGUGGUAAGCCGGAUUCGGUUGAAGAUAAGAGUUCCAGCUCCCCAUCGUCUUCAAGUGCGUCAGCCCAAGAUCAAAAGCCAGGAUCAAAACCGGUAAGCCGAAGUCCAGGUAGCUCGAAAAAAUCUGAAUCUGAUAAGGAAGUCACCCUUGAUUUGUCGUUGUCAAAGAAACCUGAAUCGGAUUCCAAGGAAGAUGAUUCAUCUUCAGAACGAGAUAUAAAAGAAGCAGAAGUGAAGGUUGACAGAUGUCGAUCACCAUCCAGAUCUAAGUCAGAUGAUAUCAGCUCCUCCAAACCUUCUGACAUUGAUCGCAAUGAUCAGCCGAAGACAUCUGACGACAGUACUUCUAGCAGCUCACCAAGUUCAUCUGACGACAAGAAGCCUGCAUCAACCAAACCUAAACCCAGCAGCAAGCAUUCUUCUAGUGAUGAUACCAGCUUCUCGAAACCUGCUGACAUUGGUCGCAAGGAUCAGCCGAAGACAUCUGAUGACAGUACUUCUAGCAGCUCUCCAAGUUCAUCUGACGACAAGAAACCGGCAUCAACCAAAUCCAAACCAAGCAGCAAGCAUUUUUCGAGUAUUGAUACCAGCUCCUCGAAACCAGCUGACAUUGGUCACAAGGAUCAGCCAAAGACAUCUAUUGACAGUACUUCUAGCAGCUCACCAAGUUCAUAUGACGACAAGAAGCCGGCAUCAACCAAAUCCAAACCAAGCAGCAACCAUUCUUCUAGUGAUGAUACCAGCUCCUCGAAACCUGCUGACAUUGGUCACAAAGAUCAGCCAAAGACAUCUGUUGACAGUACUUCUAGCAGCUCACCAAGUUCAUCUGACGACAAGAAGCUGGCAACAACCAAAUCUAAACCAAGCAGCAAGCAUUCAUCCGGUGAUGAUACCAGCUCCUCUAAACCUGCUGACAUUGGUCGCAAGGAUCAGCCGAAGACAUCUGAUGACAGUACUUCUAGCAGCUCACCCGUUUCAUCUGACGACAAGAAGCCCGCUUCAACCAAAUCCAAACCAAGCAGCAAGCAUUCAUCCGGUGAUGAUACCAGCUCCUCUAAACCUGCUGACAUUGGUCGCAAGGAUCAGCCGAAGACAUCUGACAACAGUACUUCUAUUAGCUCAUCCAGUUUAUCUGACGACAAGAAGCCCACUUCAACCAAAUCCAAACCAAGCAGCAACCAUUCUUGUGGUAAGCCGGAUUCGGUUGAAGAUAAGAGUUCCAGCUCCUCAUCGUCUUCAAGUGUGUCAGCCCAAGAUCAAAAGCCAGGAUCAAAAUCGGUAAGCCGAAGUCCAGGUAGCUCGAAAAAGUUUGAAUCCGAUAAGGAAGUCACUCUUGAUUUGUCGUUGUCAAAGAAACCUGAAUCGGAUUCCAAGGAAGAUGAUUCAUCUUCAGAACGAGAUAUAAAAGAAGAAGAAGUGAAAGUUGACAGAUCUCGACCACCUUCAAGAUCUAAGUCAGAUGAUAUCAGCUCCUCCAAACCUGCUGACAUUGGUCGCAAUGAUCAGCCGAAGACAUCUGACGACAGUACUUCUAGCAGCUCACCAAGUUCAGCUGACGACAAGAAGCCUGCAUCAACCAAACCUAAACCCAGCAGCAAGCAUUCUUCUAGUGAUGAUACCAGCUCCUCGAAGCCUGCUGACAUUGGUCACAAGAAUCAGCCAAAGACAUCUGAUGACAGUACUUCUAGCAGCUCACCAAGUUCAUCUGACGACAAGAAGCCGGCAACAACCAAAUCUAAACCAAGCAGCAACCAUUCUUUUAGUGAUGAUACCAGCUCCUCUAACCCUGCUGACAUUGGUCGCAAGGAUCAGCCGAAGACAUCUAACGACAGUACUUCUAACAGUUCACCCAGUUCAUCUGACGACAAGAAGCCCGCGUCAACUAAAUCAAAACCAAGCAGCAACCAUUCUUGUGGUAAGCCGGAUUCGGUUGAAGAUAAGAGUUCCAGCUCCCCAUCGUCUUCAAGUGCGUCAGCCCAAGAUCAAAAGCCAGGAUCAAAACCGGUAAGCCGAAGUCCAGGUAGCUCGAAAAAAUCUGAAUCUGAUAAGGAAGUCACCCUUGAUUUGUCGUUGUCAAAGAAACCUGAAUCGGAUUCCAAGGAAGAUGAUUCAUCUUCAGAACGAGAUAUAAAAGAAGCAGAAGUGAAGGUUGACAGAUGUCGAUCACCAUCCAGAUCUAAGUCAGAUGAUAUCAGCUCCUCCAAACCUUCUGACAUUGAUCGCAAUGAUCAGCCGAAGACAUCUGACGACAGUACUUCUAGCAGCUCACCAAGUUCAUCUGACGACAAGAAGCCUGCAUCAACCAAAUCUAAACCAAGCAGCAAGCAUUCUUCUAGUGAUGAUACCAGCUUCUCGAAACCUGCUGACAUUGGUCGCAAGGAUCAGCCGAAGACAUCUGAUGACAGUACUUCUAGCAGCUCUCCAAGUUCAUCUGACGACAAGAAACCGGCAUCAACCAAAUCCAAACCAAGCAGCAAGCAUUUUUCGAGUAUUGAUACCAGCUCCUCGAAACCAGCUGACAUUGGUCACAAGGAUCAGCCAAAGACAUCUAUUGACAGUACUUCUAGCAGCUCACCAAGUUCAUCUGACGACAAGAAGCUGGCAACAACCAAAUCUAAACCAAGCAGCAAGCAUUCAUCCGGUGAUGAUACCAGCUCCUCUAAACCUGCUGACAUUGGUCGCAAGGAUCAGCCGAAGAUAUCUGAUGACAGUACUUCUAGCAGCUCACCCAUUUCAUCUGACGACAUGAAGCCCGCUUCAACCAAAUCCAAACCAAGCAGCAAGCAUUCAUCCGGUGAUGAUACCAGCUCCUAUAAACCUGCUGACAUUGGUCGCAAGGAUCAGCCGAAGACAUCUAACGACAGUACUUCUAACAGUUCACCCAGUUCAUCUGACGACAAGAAGCCCGCUUCAACAAAUCCAAAUCAGCAGCAAGAUUCUUUGAUCAGCGAAGACACUGACAGUAUCACAUCACCAAUUCCUGACACAGAGCGCUCAACCAAAUCAAGCAGCAAGAUUCAGUGA